AUGGCCCUGUAUCAGGUCAUCAUUUCUCUGCAUGAUAGACUAAUCAAGCAAGAGUUGGAGGCCACGCUGUUGAACAACGGGGCGGAUGAAAAACGGCGGGAGGAAGCAGGCAAAUUGCGACAGGACGUUGGCAUAUGGAGGCGCAGGGCUGAAUCUGCUGAGAAAAGAGUUCUCGUAUUUGAAAGAUUCACUGAGCGGCUAAAGGGCAUUCGCGAUGCGGCGAUUGCAUCGGAGCAAGAUGGGUCGCAAGACAGCGAGAAGCAAGGCGACGCAUUCGCAGGCCGUCUCAACUUGGAUAAUGAUUUUGUGGCUGCUGCUGCUCGGGUCAGAUUUGCCGAGGUCGAUGGUAACGAAGAACAGGGCACUUCUUCGGGAGAGACAAAUGCUGGAAGUCGCCCGAGCGUGGAGAGCAGACAAAGCAAUACUUGCGUGGAGUGCGGUGAAGACCAAAAUUUGGAUAGGCGAGCGCUUGGAAACCAGGGACAGGGCAUGCUGCGUCCGAGACCGGCCAGCAUUGACGAAGUUGCAGAGUUGUGGAUGGCAGCCAAGGAGCUACUUGACAUGGACAAGGGCGAGGACAUGUGA